CUUCGCUUGUUUAAAACUAAAUUCUCAUCAAAAAGUGAAAUAAUGUCCCGUUGGAUGAUAUUCCUGUUUUUGAUUCAGUUGUUUUGUUUAGUGUUUUGCCAGUAUAAAGAUGCGGAAAGUCUCUGUGCGUCUCAACAAACCUGCAAGUAUUGCCUGCAGACUCCGCGAUGUGUUUGGUGCUCCACUCCGGUGUACCAUCAAAGCGGGAAUGGACCUUUGGUACGAUGUGUUACCAGAGAAAAAUUUUUAAAAGAAGGUGAUCACUGGUGUCAAAAAUCAGAUGUGAUAGAUGCAAGAGAUAAUAUAACGCUGCUGGAAAAUAAACCGCUAUCCUCGACGAAACGCUCGAGUCCUGUUCAGAUUCAACCCCAAAGGAUUCAUUUGACACUCAGACGAGGUGAAGAAUAUCGAUUGAUCUUGAGAUACAGUCAGGCAGAGGACUAUCCAGUGGAUUUAUAUUAUCUGAUGGAUUUAUCGGCGUCCAUGGUAACUUAUAGGGAUCGAUUGUCAGAACUGGGGCUCCAAUUGGCAGAAGCUAUGCGUAAUUUGACAUCAAAUUUUCGUUUAGGAUUUGGUAGUUUCGUGGACAAAGUUGUAUUGCCUAUGACAAGCACAGAGCCGGAAAAACUAAAACAACCAUGUGUAUUGGGUACAACAAGAAAACCAUGUGCUCCGCCGUAUGGAUACAAGAAUCAAAUGCCUCUUACCGAGAACCUUAACCUUUUCAAAACUAACGUGCAAAAGGCGCCAGUGUCCGGUAAUCUCGACUCUCCCGAGGGUGGUCUCGAUGCACUGAUGCAGGUGAUGGUUUGCACCAAGGAAAUUGGCUGGCGACAGAAUGCCAGACAUCUUAUCAUUUUCUCCACAGACGCCAGUUUCCACGUAGCUGGGGAUGGGAAACUUGCAGGAAUAAUCGAACCCAACGAUUGCCUUUGUCAUCUGAACGACGAAGGGUUCUAUACGUACUCGCUCCUCCAAGAUUAUCCAUCCAUAGCUCAGAUUAACAGAAUAGCUCGCGAGCACAACAUGAACAUCAUAUUCGCCGUUACGAGCCAAAGGAAUACGACGUACAAAUUAUUAAGUCGAAGCAUCAGUGGCUCAUCUACUGGAACGAUAAAUAGCGAUUCUCAAAAUGUAGUUUCUCUUGUUAGUAGAGAAUACGAGAAACUGGUUAACUCCAUAACAAUGACGGACAAUGCGCCAAAAAUGAUCGACGUGAAAUACUUCUCGCGAUGUUUGGACAAGAAAGGUGAACUGAAAGAACGACAAGAAUGCGGAGGAUUACGAGUGAGCGAUGUCGUUGAAUUUGAAGUAGUGUUGCAGGCGACGGAAUGUCCGACAAAUGCCGAGGAAACCAAGACUACUAUGCAGAUAAAACCAAGAGGCAUAAACGAGAGCUUGACGAUCGAUCUGAGUAUAAUAUGCAGUUGUCCUUGCGAGGAUCCACAAUAUCCGGGUUACAAGGAAAAUUCGGAAGAUUGCAGAGGAAAUGGUACUUUGGUCUGCGGUAUUUGCUCCUGCAAUGACGGCUUUUACGGAAAGCAAUGUGAAUGCGAGGGAAACGAAGUAAGAGCCGAGAGCGAAGCCGCAAUGGCGAAUUGCAAGCCUGACAACGACACCACGGAAAUUUGUAGUGGCCAUGGGAUCUGUAAAUGUGGUGUGUGUGAUUGCGUAAAGCGUCCCAAUCCGCAAGAAGUUUUUUACGGGAAAUAUUGCGAAUGCGAUAAUUUCUCUUGCAAACGCAGCGGCGGAUUGGUUUGUGGCGGGCGAGGCAAGUGCGAAUGCGGUACUUGCAAUUGCUUGCCGGGAUGGGGUGGCGAGACGUGCGACUGCAAAGAAACCAACAGCACAUGCAUACCGACCAACAGCGAAACCAUGGAGAUUUGCAGCGGUCGUGGUGAUUGCAUUUGUGGUAACUGUUAUUGUCACGAAAAUGACAACAUCCGAUACUCGGGACAGUACUGCGAGGAGUGUCCCAUAUGUCCUGGACAACGGUGCAAGGAAUUGAAGAAUUGCGUCGAAUGCAUGGUGCACAAUGCCGGACCUCUCGUUCAAAAUAGGAGCUGCGAUCAGUGUCUGCAUGACAUACAUAUCGUAGACAAGGUUGAAGAACAUCCAGAGGAUGAGGAGACUGGGGCUCAUAUUUGUCGAACUCCUGGCGACGCUGGAUGCACAUUUGUGUUCAAAUACGAAUAUUACAGAGGUGGUAGUGGGGGAGAUAUUAAGAUAUUUAAAAUUCUGGCUGAAAAGGAGCGAGCGUGUCCUGAACCUAUUAACGUUCUCGGUGUUGCUGUAGGAUUAAUAAUUAGUACUGUGAUUAUCGGUUUCUUGAUUCUCCUCAUUUGGAAGAUAUUAACAACGAUUCACGAUAAACAGGAAUUCGCAAGAUUCGAACGACAACGCGCUCUUGCUAAAUGGGAUAAGGGGGAAAAUCCAUUAUACAAAAAGGCUACAUCGACAUUUAAGAAUCCGACGUUUAACGAGAAUUCGAAGGACUAGGUAAAAUUUAUUUCUAUAAAACAAAUAUCAGCGCACGAGAUGUUUCCAAGCAAAGACUUUUGCUCUACUGCAAGGUAGUCACUCCGAUAGGUAGCGCCACCAUAAACGAACUGAGAACGACGACGCCAUGUUGGUUAAUUGCUUUGCGAGAAAACAAUUUCUAGUCGAUGAGAAGAAACGUUUAUCCUUCCAAUCUUUAUGGGAAACAACUUCUGCCUACUUUUAUACUCGCAUUUUUAUCCAAGGCAUGAGUGACGUGUUAAACUUUUUCUCCACUUUUCACGCGAAUCUCCCAAUCCGUUUUCGGUACUUUACUUGUAGACUCGUCAUUCUGAAACUCCAUUCUGUUUUUUGGCGACUAUUAAUUUGCGAUGGUAAGAGACAUAAAAUAUAAUAUUUUGCGAGAGAGGUAUACCAGGAAGUAGAAUCAAUGUGAUCACGAUGGCCGGUAAGACGAAGGUCGAUAAGCGAUCAGUCGUAAAUCAAUUUUAAAUUUGAUCCGAGGAUUUUGCGUGGAGAUAGGUCCUGGCCUUUCGGACGAUUGUUUCGAAUAUCCUCUGGCCUCGUACUUUAUUGCUCGCUAUGCUCGAAGAAGGCAGCCUCGUAAGGAGCUCGUAAAUUCGUCACCAUAGUCGGCUCCUGCUGCAAAACCCUGCGGCGACUCGCUGUAUUUCCCACCAGAAACCUAAAGCUCUACCCACAUUGAAUCCGCCCAUACGACUUGAUUACUCGACCCUGAUUAUCUCCUCGGUCUCCAUUAUAGCGGUGCUCGUUUUACGGAUAAAGGCGUGUCGAGGAAUGCGACGAAACUUUCGACGAUUUUCUUUAUCGUCGUUAUUACGUAUUACUGUCAAUUGGCAAAUGCGAAAUAAAUAGUCGUCAUUCAUUUGUCGAGAGUAUGUAAGGAUGAAUAAAAAGUUAU